CUACUGGGCACCGCUGACAGCGCGGAGACUCAUAUUGGAAACUGUACUGUAGGAACACCUCCACUCCUCCGAACGGGCCACACGGAGGUGCAUGGCCCCAUCGCCUUGCGCUAUGAUGAAUCCUGUGCAGGGGUCGCCGUCUCAGGACGCCAAACAGCUUCAUCAAAAGGAGGACACGGACACGGAGGGCGAGGAGAUUCAGCCCAAAGACAUGACCACCGAGAAAGGAUACAAACUCCAGCGGAGCAGCCUCCCGUUCAGCGUCGAGUCGUUGAUUUCCAAGAAGACCACCUGUCGGACUUCUUACUCCCCCUCAGAUUUAGCUCUGGUCCUGCCAAAGCCCGCGGCCGGACAGGGCGCGCAGUUCUCUCCAAGGACUCUUUACGCGGAGAGGAAGGUGUCCGCGGAGAGCUCGCAGGGAGUUCCCAGCAGUCCCAGCGAGGACAGCCCGCAGUUCUGCGAGAAAGAUCAGAGCACUUGGUUUCAGACAUCCUCCUUCUCCACUCCGCCGCGGAGCUCAAGUCCAACUCAGUGUACUUUACGGAAACACAAAAACAACAGGAAACCUCGCACGCCCUUCACUACCUCUCAGCUGCUCGCGCUGGAGCGCAAGUUCCGUCAGAAGCAGUACCUCUCCAUCGCCGAGAGAGCCGAGUUCUCCAACUCUCUCAACCUGACGGAGACUCAGGUCAAAAUCUGGUUCCAGAACAGGAGGGCCAAAGCCAAGAGACUGCAGGAGGCCGAGCUGGAGAAGUAUAAACUGGCCUCCAAGCCCGUCCUGCCCGCCUUCGCGCUGCCGUUUCCCCUCGGAGCGCACAUGGGUUCUCCUUCAACGUGGGGCCCGUCAAACGGCUUCCCGAGGCCCGGCCUGCCGGUGCCAGGACUGUUCAGCGGACCCGUCACUUAUGGGAUGUACUAUUUGUCCUAGUCUUACUGUGUUUUUAAGAGGGUAGAAUUGUCAUCUUUAAUGUUUUCAACACGCGUAAAAACGAGGAUGGCACGUUUUCUGCGUCGUAGAAAACCAUCUUUUUAAUUUGAAUUUUGAGUUUACAGAUUUCUUCCAAACCUCCAGAGAACAAUACUGCAUUUUUUUUUUAAAUACAUAAUUGUGUGCGUAAUUGGCCCGAGCAAGUCCACUUGCUCUCCUCAGUGUAAAUCAUUGUCCAUGUUUCUGUGGAUUGUGGAUUCACAGGCUUCAGGCAAAGCUCCAAAAGUAAAUGUCAGGUUUUUUUAAACGACAUGCCUUAAAUAUCUCAGCGCAGUCUCUCCGCCGUGCUGCGCAGUGGUUUGUAAAAAUGGAUGUAAAAAUUGUGUCCAGACAUGAAGGUAAUGAUCCACUGCGGCGGCGCAGGAGGAGAAAUGUCUGAACAACAGAAAAGUACUUAACCCAGAGUCCGUGCCUUAAGAGGAGCACUGUCAGCAUCGACUGUUUCCAGCUCGUGAGAGUGUUUUCCAGCUCGUGUCCACUUUUCUACAUUUUGUAAACAUGCAGCGGAACAAUAUUUGAAGUGUUAGAUGAUGUCUUACUCUCACCGCGUGGCCUUUCAGGGAGUGAGCUCUUCUUUUUGCUGUAAUUGUAAAUAAAGUGUGUAGUGUUGAUGAAGGCCUGCAGCGCGUGCAGCGUGCAGCGCGUGCAGCAGGAGGAGUGGUAUUUAUUGAAUAUCUUUGUAUCUGUACUGUGUACAUACAUCUCUCUAUACAAAUGCUCAGUUACUUGUAAAAACUGAUUUUAGUAAAUAAACAUUAUACAAGA